CGCGAAGUAAUCACAUUCACAUCAUCAUCCUCUCCCUCCUUCCUUCCCCGACCCCAGACCCAACCCCCGGACCAGAGCAAGGGAGAGAUCUCCCCCGAUCCGAUCCGAGAUCCGCAUCCCCGAUGGCGUCCCGGAGCUGCACCUUCCUCGAGAUCCUGUUCGCCAUCAUCCUGCCGCCGCUCGGCGUCUUCCUCCGCUUCGGCUGCUGCAGCAUGGAGUUCUGCAUCUGCCUGCUGCUCACCAUCCUCGGCUACAUCCCCGGCAUCAUCUACGCGGUCUACGUUCUCGUCGCGCUCGGCUCGGAGGACCGCGAUAGGGACUACGACACCCUUGCUUAAACAUCCUGCAACAACUCCUAUCCUGUGUGUGAUGAGCCCCUCGCCUGGCAGUUGCGAAUCGACGCCGUGUGUUUCCAUCUGGACUGUGUGGCGUGCCUUCUUUCUGUGAGUCUGUAAAUGCUUAAACCGUCUGGUUUCCCCGUAAUGUAAUUCUGAUACAACCGAAUAAAUUUCAGCUCUGAAGAUUUAUGCCAGUGGCUUGCGUGAA